CAAUUGCAAAUCACGAGCAGGGCAGGGAAUUAAAGGAAGCCGGGCGUUGGAUGGGAGAGGUAAGCUGAUGAGAUGGCCCCCAGGUGAACCGGGGAAUUCGAUGCACUAUGGGCAGGGAAGAGGGGGGCGAAAGGGUAGAAGGAUGGAAGAAGAAGAGGCACGCAGAUAUGGUAGGAAAGGAACGAAAGCGUAAUAUAGGAAGAUCCAAGCUUCGGCGGGGAUCGAAUGGCAAGGCGGUUUUCCCAGCAGCAUUCUCGGCGGCCCACACGGGCUGGCAUGGCCAGGAAGUGGAGCGCAGGGAGGAAGAUGGCAUGAACAAGUGACGGGAAUGAAAGAGUCGAAGAGGAAAAACUAAAGAUCGGCGUCAUUCAA